AUGCGUAUUCGGGGAUGCUUUAAGACUCCGCUCGCCUUUUGGCUUCUCCUGAACGAAUGCGUUGAGCUUAAGAUGUUACAAGAUUCGCCUUCAGACCGGCCACAGGUCGCCUCGAAGCAAGAUCUCACAGAUCUCUGCGAGGUUGAAGACAUUGACACAGGAUCUGUGUUACGCACGACGUUCUCCUUCGUCGAUACCUACAAUAGCGCCUGGUUCGGCCAGGUCUCCGGAGUUCGAAAGUAUGACUUGACAGUGGAGGACUUGAGAAAGAACCUUCGUCGGAUAUCCGACGAAGUCAUCUAUCCGGAAAUGACAGCUGGCUUGACAAUUGUUGCGGACGAUAAUGAUAUGAAGCGAUACUACAUCAAACGGCCCAAGCUCCUUUGCCUGGACGAUCUGGAAGAAACUAAACUGAUCCCAAGGAUGCUUGUUGAAGAAGCUCAAGUGUUAGAGAUCCUUAAGUCUUACGGGCACAGAAAUUUGGUGCGAUAUCAUGGAUGCCUAUCGAAACAGGGCCGGAUUGGUGGUAUCGCUUUGCAGAAAUACGAUAUCAUAUUGCAAUAA